CAGGAUACUAAGAACAUGUUUGAUUUCUUUGAAGGCUUUGAGAAAGCUUUUAAGAAAACCUUUAAUAAUCCUAAUGAGGAAUGUAUUACAGCUCAGCAGCUUAUGAAUCUCAAACAAACCAAGUCAGCCUCUGCUUAUACAGUUAGAUUUAAAUAG